AUGGCUGCUGUCGCCCCGAUGGAGGUUUGUAAGGGAGAGGAUAUUCGGCCCAUUCCGCUGGAGUGUGUCCUUUGUCCAAAAAGACCAUCCUUUUCAGACGUGUCGCACCUCUUGACCCAUGUCUCGUCAAAAUCACAUCUGCAUCAGAAGUUCAACAUGGAAUUCAAGGCGAAGACUGAAAUCGGAGCCAGGGAGCGCCUCCGGCGCUAUGAAGAAUGGUAUUCCAUAAACGGGAUCGAGACGCUACUGUCAGACCGGCUUGCAGCCAAGAAUCACAAGACAGCUCGCCGUGGCCGUUCUUCAACAUCAUCAGCAAAGUCACGUCAGUCAACAAGCACUGUCGAUUCUAUAAAGAUGGAUUUCGAUGCAGCAUCGGGAUUUCACACGCCCGACCAUUUUCCUGCGACCGGCCAUUGGAACGCCACUCCGCUUUUUUUCAAUGAUACCCCGAAUACUUCAUACAUGGACGAAUCGGCUUACCAUACGCCAGCUUCGAAUGGACAACAGCCUAGCUAUUUCUUUCAAGAAAAUGCCGCUGUUACCAACUCUGAUAUGAGACACCAAAGCCUCAUGUCUGAUAUAGAUUCAAUCUCUCAUACGGUCGCAUCUGAUUUGGACAGAGCUCUUAGCAUUGACCUACUGGACGAUGACGGGCAGGAAAACAGACUCAAAGGUGUUGUCUGGCCAGGAAUGGCCUUGUUCGACUCUGCGACAGCGGAUCAGAAGCGGAAAAGGAACCAGCGCAAAGAUGGGGGCGUGAUUGAACAGAUGAAGCUGACUUCUGAAGCUGUGAUGGCCACCGAGACGGUCUGGGGUUUGAAUGGAGACAUUUAUAAAGUGCGGGACAUUUACGCCAGUCCGUCUAUCGACGGAAGCCCUCCAAACAGCCCUGUCCGCAAGAGAAAGUACCGGCCACGAAACACUCCGACGAUAACUGGUACUUUGGAAUCGUUGGGGGUGGGAGAUGGGAUUGACGGCCGUCCGAAAAGGAAACGUGCUGGCAGAACAACGGCGGGCGAGGCGACAAACAGCCUUCAGACGAGGGGUGUCGGCAAGACUGGUGAGAAGGGAGGCAAAAAGAAGAAGGCCGAAGGACUGGAUACGAUCUGCGGAGCAGAAGUUCAUGGCUUGCCCAUGGUCGAUGCCACGGACAGGGCUACCUUCAACGUGUUUUACGAGGGGUCGGGGAACAACCAAGGUCAGCACAAUCGACCAGCUCUGCAGCAACUGGACCCAAAUAUGAGCCUAGCCGAAUCGGGCUCGUUAUUCAAAAAUGCACAGUCGAGUCGUUUCUUUGACAGCGAAGCAGAGUCGGCACAACUGGGGUUCCGUUCGCAAGCAGCGUCAUUUGGCAGCGGACUUCAUGGUAUGGGAAACAGCCCCAUGACGUCACUGAAUGCACACAGCGGAGGGAUGUAUGCGACAUUUGACAGCCAGCUGUUCGCUGGGGGCAACGGGGACGAGGGAUCGACAGGGCCGUUUCAUGGGGCUCAUGGGCGGCGACUGGGCUUCGCAUUCGGGUUGGAUGCGAAUGCUAACCCGUUUGGAUUCGUGGAGCAGCGCGACGCUUCUCUGCGGGAGCCAUCGUUUUCCGAACAGGCCUUCCGCAACUCGGCGGCGCUGUUUGACGUGUGA